AUGAAGAGAAAGAUUCCGACUUGGCCUUGGUGGUUGUUAGGUGGUAAAAAGGAGAAAGAGACGGAAGCUCUUAAGUUCCCUGCAAAGAUUAAUCGAGACAAAGGAAGAGUUAUCAAGAGGAAGGAGAUGGAACUUGAGAGCUUUGGUUCUUCUGGCUCUGAAUCUGCAGCUCAGGAUGGGCCCGAGUGGUCUGUUGGAUGGACUGAGCCACAUGGACCUGGUUUCCAAACCGAUGAAGAAGGAGAUGAUGGUGGCUUCUUAGUUUUGGUUCCUUGUUACAAAGCUGUUGUUGAAGGUUCUAGUAAUAACCAGCUCUUGUCUGCUGUCAAGAAUCUCCCCAACGGUUGGUCUCCUGUUUUCUCCUCAUCCAAAGUGCUCAAGUUUUUCAACCAAAAUGCGCAGAUGGGAAGAACUAUAUGGAGCAAUGGCUUUCAUCUCUGCAGAACCUUUGACCAGGUCUCCUUCCUUUUGUAG